GGGAGGGGGGGGGGGAUGAGGGCAAGGAAAACCUCUUCUUGUACGUACAUGUUAUGCGGCCUCUCUGGGAGGAGACAUAACAGCAACGUAAACAGACAACCGUGAAGUGGGGGAGAAAAAAAAAACCCCGCUUGUCUCAGAGGGGGCUCUCAUGCAAAGCGUUUUCAUUUUAUUUUCCCAUAUGUUACCGACAUGUAGCUUGACAUAACAUCUUUUGGACCGUUGAACCCGAAGGAGAUCAUUGGGAUUGUUUUUGUUUUCUCUUGUAUAUAUUUUUUACAUUUUUAUUUUUAUUUUUAUUUUUUUCAAUUGGGAGACACAGGGUGUCUGCGCUGCUCAUCUUCAAUCUGCACACUUUGCAUUCUGGAACGAAGGGGAGCAAUUUGGAGACUGUCGACAUCGGAACCCUAGCCCGGCCGUUCGAUCCGAAGAGAAUAGUUAUAAUAUUCUCCCGUCGGCGGCAACGAUGCUUUUCCACGGCCUCCCCGGAGGCGACGUGCACGGCGUGGUGGAAGAAAUGGACCGGAGAGGAAAGAGCGAGUCAGCGGCCAUCAGCUCAGCCAUCGAUAUGGGCGAGUCGGAGACGGCCGCGCCGUGCAUGACGACAGAGCGCGUGGCCCUGUGCGCAGGCUGCGGAAGGAAGAUCGCGGACCGCUACUACCUGCUGGCCGUGGACAAGCAGUGGCACAUGCGCUGCCUCAAGUGCUGCGAGUGCAAACUCAACCUGGAGUCUGAGCUCACCUGCUUCAGCAAGGACGGCAGCAUCUACUGCAAGGAGGACUAUUACAGAAGAUUUUCGGUGCAGAGAUGCGCUCGGUGCCAUCUCGGCAUCUCUGCCUCGGAGAUGGUGAUGCGGGCCCGGGACCUGGUCUACCACCUCAACUGCUUCACCUGCACUACUUGCAGCAAGAUGCUCACCACCGGGGACCACUUUGGCAUGAAGGACAGUCUGGUGUACUGUCGGCUGCACUUUGAGACUCUCAUCCAGGGAGACUAUCAGACACAUUUCAACCUCGCGGAUGUGGUGCCACACAAGGGCCUGGGCCCGGCCAACACGCUCGGACUAUCCUACUUCAACGGCGUAGGGACGGUGCAGAAAGGCCGGCCUAGGAAGAGGAAGAGUCCUGGGCCCGGAGCGGAGCUGGCAGCUUAUAACGCAGCACUGAGCUGCAAUGAGAAUGACAGCGAGUCCAUGGACAGGGACUCCCAGUACAGCUCCAGUCAGAAGACGAAGCGCAUGAGGACGUCCUUCAAGCACCACCAGUUGAGAACCAUGAAGUCCUACUUCGCCAUCAACCAUAACCCAGACGCCAAGGACCUCAAGCAGCUCGCCCAGAAGACAGGCCUCACCAAGCGGGUCUUACAGGUCUGGUUCCAGAACGCUCGAGCCAAAUUCAGGAGGAAUCUUCUGAGACAAGAAAGCACCGGCGCAGACAAGACCUCCGACGGCUCCACGCUGCAGGGCGGCACGCCGUCAGGCCCGGCCUCGGAAAUCUCAAAUGCCUCCAUGAGCCCCUCCAGCACCCCCACCACCCUUACAGACUUGACCAACCCCACCAUGCCCACAGUAACCUCCGUGCUCACCUCAGUCGCAAGCGGCAUGGAUAUUCAUGAGUGUAGGAGCCCAUCACAGACCACACUGACCAGCCUUUUCUGAUGGACGGAGCCUGACCACAACCUCUGCUACACCCUGCUGAAUCUAAAACAAAGUUGACUCAUUUGAACAUUAAGAUUAGUAAAGUAAAAGUAACAGAAACAAAAACAAAAAUGAAAAGGUUGACAUUUUUCUCUGAGGCUUUUGGAGACUUUGCAGAGUGAGACAGCCAAGCCUCACGGAUGGAACUGUUGUUAUUUAGAUGUUGUCUUGUUGAGAACUGAAAAGACUUGAUUUGCAUUUUUCAAUGUUUACAGAAAGUGACUAAGGGGAGGAAAAAACUGCUUAAUUUUUGGACUUAUUUUUUUUCCCCCAACACAGUAUUUAUGUUGUGGUACAAGAGUCAUUGUUAGAUGGAUUGUAAUUUUUUUUUCUUUGGGAAAAUCUGAGAUUAAACACAGGUUACAAUACCCUCUCA